AUGAACCGGUUCGAGGUCCCGAUCACUGUUGGAACAACUUUAUAUGAAGCCGUGCUUCUAUACAAAGGGCAGAGAGUGAUAUCCUCAAAGGGUGAUCAACAAACACGUUUGAGUGUACGGCAAUUAUUUCUAUAUUGCACUUGUGGCAUACUUGCUGGCAUAAUUGGUGGUUUGCUUGGCCUUGGUGGAGGAUUCAUCUUGGGACCCCUUUUCAUUGGAUUAGGAAUUCCUCCUCAGGUUUCAAGUGCUACAUCCACUUUUGCAAUGACAUUUUCUGCAUCUAUGUCAGUGGUAGAAUACUACCUUCUCAAACGUUUCCCGAUUCCUUACGCACUUUACUUUGUAGCUGUAGCCACUGCUGCUGCACUUUCUGGGCAGCAUUUGGUGAGAAAGCUUAUUGCUAUACUGGGGAGAACCUCUUUGAUCAUUUUCAUCCUUUUGUUCGAUCUUCAACGUGGCCCAAUACUUUAA